AUGCGGGCGGCCACAUACUUCUUCAUUUGGGUAGACCUCGCUCUUGCCCUCUUUGAGGAACCAGCCUUGUUCCCGCUCCCUUUCUUGGCUACCUCGAUAGCAGAAGUACUCUGUCUGGCUGCAUUCUUUGGGAGACUUGUCCACUUUGCGAAAGUCACUCCUCAGACGGUUUUCUGGAAGGAUACAAAAAACAUCUGCGUCAUGGUAACCAUAGUGCUGACCUUGAUUGAUCUGAUUGUCUACGGGUCCCUGGAGGCUGCUAACAUCCACGGAGUUCGAUGGUCAAGGGUCUUGAGGCCUGUCUUCCUAAUUAACUUCCCUGAAAGUCGUCAGAUCCGAAGGGCUUUUCGAAGCAUCCGGAACACCCUGCCCGAUAUCCUCUACGUCUUCUUCUUGUUCAUCUUCAGCAUGCUGAUCUUCUCCCUCAUGGCCUUGAAGCUUUUCGAGGAUAGGGGUCUCAAAACAGUGGAAGGAUCGCCCUACUUCACCAACAUCCUGGACAUAGCGUUUGAGCUCUACGUGCUGGUCACCACUGCAAAUAGCCCCGAUGUCAUGAUGCCUGCCUAUGAGUUCAACUGGUGGUAUUCUCUGUACUUUAUAACCUACAUCAUCAUCAACACCUAUAUCUUCAUGUCUGUCUUUCUGGCCGUUGUCUACAACAAUUACAGGAAGCACUUGAAGAAUGAGAUUCGCACACUGGCAUACCUAAAGCGUCACAAAAUGAUAGAGGCUUUCAACAUUCUGAAAGUCAAGGUGGGCACAGAGUUUGUGGUGAAGGAGGCCCAGUGGAGGCGGCUGGCCAAGGUCGUGGCACCAGACAUCAGCAGUUCCCACCUGGAGCUCCUUCUGAGGAUCUCCGACGAGGGACAGAAGGGCUUUGUGGACAAAACGAACUUUCUACGCUUGGCUGACCUCCUCAACAUCCAGGUGGUCACCAUCAACAUCAAGAGACACCCAUUGGAAGCCUGGAUGCCUCGGGUAUACCAGUCAUAUGCAAGCCUCUUGGUCCAGAAGAUGGUUCAGCACAGGACUUUUGUGUGGGUUUAUGAUGUCAUCAUCCUAAUAAAUGCCAUAUUCAUCGCUUUGGAUGACAAAAACCCCUUAAUUUCCUAUGCAGAGUGGCUUUUCCUUUCUCUCUAUAUUGUUGAGGUUCUCCUGAAACUGUACACGUAUGAGCCCAGAGCCUAUUUUGGAAGAAAGCAGUUCUGGAACUGGUUUGAUACACUGAUCAUCAUUGCAGCCCUGGUGGCCACUGUGGCCAACACCACCAUUCAAUCAGCGAGAAAAUACAACAGUCAGCAGAUACUGGAUAUUGUCUUGAUUUUGAGAAUACUCCGGCUCUUACGGGUCAUUGUCAGCAUCCAGAGAUUCCGGGUGAUCGUGACCACCUUAAUUAACAUUGGCCCCAUGAUGCUGACGUUUGGCAGCCUGGUCUUGGUGGUCUACUACGUGUUUGCCAUCAUCGGGAUGGAAGUGUUCCAAGGCAAAGUUCACUUCUUUGACCCUAAUUCCACCAGUCCUGAUGCGCUGGCAUGUGGGAACCCAGCCUUACAAAACUCAGCGUUUGCCCAAGGCAGGUACUGCAGGAUCAACUUCAACAACCUGGCCGCCUCCCUUAUCCUGCUGAUGGAGCUCACAGUGGUUAACCAGUGGCACAUCCUCGCAGAAGGCUUUGCCCUCGUGACUCACCAGGCGGCAAAGCUGUAUUUCAUCGGCUUCCACGUCGUGGUCGUCAUCCUCAUUGUCAAUAUUUUCAUAGCGUUCAUCUUGGAGGCAUUUUUUGUGGCAUAUUCAUUAGAAAAAAGUGAAGUGGAAACUGCCAUUGAGAAGAAGAUUCAGGAGCUUGGAGUUGGGGUCCAAGAGGAAGAAGUGCAGGACGGGAAGCUCAUUGACAACGUGGACACCAAAGACAGUGGCUUCAGUGGGGACGAUGGAGACAGCAAAAAGAAGGCCUUGAAAGGACUGUACUUCAGAAUUGCAUCAAAAAGGUACAAGACCGUGGAUGCUUUGCUGCAGCAGAUGUUUGAGUCUGAAAUAGCUCCAGAGGAUGAAGGCCCUUCCUUGGAGGAGAUUCUGAACUUCUCACCCAGUGACAUACAUCCUAAGAAUCCCAAUUUUGAAAAUAGUGCCUGAUCCUGGGCCUGGAAGGGCCACAAGCCUCCACAACUGGAAAGCCAGAUAAGCUGUCGUCACUGUUUGCAGAUUCUACCUAGAGGUUACUUUCCCAGCCCAGGUUCCCUUCUGUGUUCUGAUAAGCGUGUGAA